UGUUACUGGAUUACAGAGCUUUACAUUCUUGCAACAUUGCAGAAAUUCAGAAAGAUGUGGAAUAUCGACUGCCAUUCACUGUAAACAACUUGACAAUUAAUAUUAACAUCUUGCUUCCACCUCAGUUUCCUCAGGAAAAACCAGUCAUCAGUGUUUUCCCACCUGUGAGACAUCAUUUAAUGGACAAGCAGGGAGUGUAUGUGACCAGUCCGUUGAUAAGUAAUUUUACAAUGCACUCAGAUCUUGGAAAAAUUAUACAAAGUUUACUGGACGAGUUUUGGAAGAAUCCUCCAGUUCUGGCUCCAAGCUCAACAUCAUUUCCAUACCUUUUCAACAAACCAGCUGGAAUGCCUCCUUUUGCUUCUCAGGGGUUUCCAUUUCUUCCUCCAUACCCACCUCAAGAAACAAAUCGAACAAUGGCAGCCGUCCCAGUUGCUGAAUCAGUUCCUUCAAGUUACAGUACAGACAAGCCUGCUGCUCCCUCUUAUGGCUUGAUUGCUGAUUUGCCACUACCUGUUCCGACAGCAGAAACAGUGCUUCAGGUUGGGCAGAAUGGAUUUACGUACAAGAUGCCUGAUGUUCCUGACACAUUUCCAGAACUCUCAGAGCUAAGCAUAUCACAGCUGACCAAUAUGAACGAGCAAGAGGAAGUGUUACUGGAACAAUUUGUGACUCUACCACAACUGAAGCAAGUCAUUACUGACAGAGAUGAGUUAGUGAAAAACAUUGAAGAGCUGGCAAAAAAAAACUUGUUGCUAGAGCCGAGUCUCGAGGCAAAAAGACAGAUGGUGUUGGAUAAAUAUGAGCAACUGACACAGCUGAAAGCAGCCUUUGAAAAGAAGAUGCAAAGACAGCAUGAACUUAGUGAGAGUUGCAGUCCAAGUGCUCUGCAAGCCAGACUUAAAGUAGCUGCUCAUGAAGCUGAAGAGGAAUCUGACACUAUCGCAGAAGACUUCUUGGAAGGCAAAACAGAAAUAGAUGACUUUCUUAGCAGUUUCAUGGAAAAGAGAACGCUCUGCCACUGUAGACGAGCCAAAGAGGAAAAACUUCAACAGGCAAUAGCAAUGCACAGCCAAUUUCAUGCUCCGCUAUAGACUUCCUGCAAACUACACCUGCCAAGAGAACGAGUGAAAAACCCAAUAAAGCACACUUUUUAAUAACUAUUAUUUGCAAAUAAGCAUUUCAUCUUGUGUGGUUGUAUUUAUAGACAAGAUUGUAUACAGAGUUGGGAUGGUUUUUGUACAAAUUAGAAUUUCUCUUUAUAUUCUCAUUGUACCCAAGAAUCCUUCUAUUGCAAUCUUUGCACUAAUUUCUUGUAUUUAUUGUUGAUAGUUCUUAUUAUAUUUAAGUUCCUGCUGCUAUACUCCAUUCUUCAGAGAUAAAAUAUCCAAACAUGUAA